AUGACGGUCGUCACGAAGACGUACGCCUCCAAGAACAAGGAGAAGAUCGAGCGGGAGAAGGCGAUCAGCGACCAAUUCCUCUCCGCCGACCUCGAGGAGAUGGUCCGGCUCCAGGAGGAGAGCAAAAAGAUCAAAUACGAUGGUACAAUCGUUUGGCGGAACGUCGCGUUGUUCGUCGUCCUUCACGUUGGCGCGUUCGCCGGCGUGUACCACAUGUUCACCGCGGCGCGAUGGGCCACCGUUGCGUGGACGUUCGGUCUGUGGGUGUUCUCUGGAGUCGGCAUCACCGCCGGCGCUCAUCGCCUCUGGGCCCAUCGCUCCUACAAAGCCACCCUGCCAGCACGAGUGAUUCUGAUGAUUUGCCAGACGAUGGCAUUCCAGAAUGACAUUAUCGAGUGGGCACGCGACCACCGUUGCCAUCACAAGUGGACCGACACGGAUGCCGAUCCGCAUAACACUCGUCGCGGCUUCUUCUUCGCGCACAUGGGAUGGCUGCUCGUGAAGAAGCACCCUCAAGUCAAGCAGAAUGGAGGAAAGCUCGACCUGAGCGAUCUCUACGAGGACCCCGUCUGCGCCUUCCAGAGAAAAUACUACUUGCCGAUGGUGGCCGUCUUCUGCUUCCUCCUCCCCACCGCCAUCCCCGUCUAUUUCUGGGGCGAGUCGGCCAUGGUCGCCUACACGACGGCCGCCCUGUUCCGCUACUGCUGGACGCUGCACGCCACUUGGUGCGUCAAUUCGUUCGCCCACUACGUCGGCUACAAGCCCUACGACCGGAACAUCACCUCCGUCGAGUCGAUGUGGACCACGAUGGUCGCUGUCGGCGAGGGCGGACACAACUUCCACCACACUUUCCCCCAGGAUUACCGCGCGUCGGAGUACUCGCUGAAGCUAAACUGGACCCGAUUGCUCAUCGACACGUUUGCCGCCCUCGGCUGGGUGUACGACCGGAAGACCGUCGCCGAUGAGGUCAUCAAGCGACAGAUCGAAAAGCACGGCGGCUUCCCCGAUCACCAUCACCAU